CUGUUCCGGGAUGGGCGUGUCCCUCGGCGCACCUGGCUGACGUCACGGGCGCACACCUGCGAUGGCGGCGGGGCGGCUCCUCCCGCUGCUCCUGCUGCUCCUGGGGGUCCCGGGGGGCUCCGGGCAGGACCCCCCGAGCGGCCCCGCCGCCCUCGCCGAUCGGUGCCGGUUACCGGCGCUCACCGGCCGCUGCCGCGCCUCCAUCCCGCGCUGGUUUUUCAACGCCUCCGCCGGGAGCUGCGAGAGUUUCGUGUUCGGCGGCUGCGGCGGCAACCGGAACAACUUCGGGAGCGAACGGGAGUGCCGGGAGAGCUGCGGGGGAGCCGCUGCCUCCAGCCCUGCCCCCACCAAUUCCACCCCAGAACACUGCUCAGCCCCUCCAGUCCCCGGCCUGUGCCGUGCCGCGUUCCCCUGCUGGUGUUUAUAUUUAAUUUAA